GUCUUGCGAGCACAGAAUACGUCAUUAAGACUUGUGAAGUGCGUCAUCAUUCGCGUGAGGGUGGACAGUUUGCUGAGAAGGACGAUAGGAUGGCUUCAACUGUUUGUUGCCCCGAUGGAUCAUCUCCAUGCCAGGCACACGUGUCGCCGGAAGAUACCAGCUCCGAAGAGCCACCAAAAUCUGCUGAGUUGAAGGAGCAGUCUCGAAGCAAGGGGGACAGCGAGACUCACGGUUCCAAGCCCGAGCCUUCCGCUGACAUCAGUCAGAUAACUGAUGAGGACAAGAAGUCGGCCCUCAACCAGCAGCCGGCGGAGACCUGCCCAGACUGUGCUUCGAAGGAGUCACAAGAGGGAGCAGAGGGCAUCAAGCAGGAACAGCAGAAGGACACCAGCGUCAAGAGUCUGGAGGGAGAGAUGGCGGCCAUGGAUGUCUGCGAGGGCAAACGGGACUGGAGGCCCCAGACCGUCAGUGACGUCCUGCGCAUGCAGGGUGUGGAGCAGCUGUACGCCGUGCAGCCGUUGCCAUGGUGCCCUCAUCUCAACAGCGUCCAGCCUUUACCUCAAGAAGGGUUGGACACGCACGCACCAUGCCAGGACUGCGGGGACCUGAAGGAGAACUGGGUCUGUCUUACCUGCUACAAGGUGCUGUGCAGCCGCUUCGUGCAGGAACACAUGGCGGGCCACAGCAAGGAUGAGGGACACCCACUGGUACUCAGCUACAGGGACCUGUCGGUGUGGUGCUAUGAUUGCAAUGAGUACGUCGACAACAAGAUUACUCACCCAAUGAAGAAUGCUGCACAUGAGGACAAGUUUGGAGAGACCUUGCCCGAGACAGCUUGAAACAGCUUUCAGCUACCAUCAUACCAGAGUUAACCAGUCUUAAUAACUCUUUCAGCUUUCUUGUUGAGUAUUUUAACAUAUAACUGUGGCCAGUGCAGCUCACACAUUUAGUUACAAUGAAGUGUAGGUCUCCAGCAACAUGUAGUUCGCCUGAUUGGUUUUACUGGUAGUUGGCAAUCACUUUAAAUUUCAGUUUCUAAAAAGAAUUUUUUUUUUUCCGAGGAGCAUAGGAGAAGAAAUGUUCCAAAUGAAUUUUCUCUAAUUGCACAUUUUUGUGUACAUUGAUUCACUGCACAGAGAUAAUGUCUAGAGAUGUUUAUAAAAGUUUUCAGCGUUCGAAUUUGGCAUUCCUUGUCUCCCAAUUUUUUUUCCUCAAAUAUACUUAAUAUUGACAAUAUUCUUUUCCCAACUGUUAAUGUUUGUGGUCAGAAAAAUUGUUAUUCAAGGC